AUGACCCGAGGAGUCUUUUUUAUUUUAAGGUUUGCUCGCUUUAUUGAUGGAAAAGAACAGCAUGUACUGGAGGAAGAAGAAGAAAUGUACGAAUCGGAUGCGGAAUAUCUGGAUCGCGAUGAAGAUGAAGACGAUAUCGAAGAAGAUUCUGAUAAUCAAGGAGGCAGACAGUAUUCUAGACGACAUUAUUAUGAUGAGGAUGAUGGUAAUGAUUGGGAAGAAGAAGUGGUUAUCAGGCGAACACCUCGGAAUCGACCUGAAAAUUAUGUUGUAGUCAAGAAGUCUUCAUCCAAGCGACCAGAUUUGUCUACCCCAAAUGGAUCAAAAUGGAAGGAGUACACACCUCGAGCAAAUACUUCGUAUUACCGAGAUAGCCCUCGUUCUCAAAACUCUUCGCGUUAUACUUCACCAAUGUCAGCAAAUAAGCGAUACCAACAAGAAUCUUUGAGGGACAGAGAUGACAUUGAGUAUGACUCAUCUUAUGGUCGAAAGAGUAGGAGGCAAGAGCCGAAGCCGGUGCAAAAGCGGAAUGAAUCGGCCAGCGAGUUUCUAAGCUCUGACUCUGAUGAUUUACGAGAGGAGGAUUUCUAUCCCAAAGGGAAAUUCGACUACGAACGUGAUUGA